AUGGGCAAGAAAUCCGAAAGAAAGGAGUCCUUCACGGACAAGGAGGAAGGCGGCGCCAAGAUUGAUGCACCUGUGGGCGAUGCCAUGGAUAUCGACAGCGGCCCAGCGCCCACCGAUGCCCGUGCCGUACGCGCAGCGAGGAGGAAGCAAAGACGCGAAGAGCUGGCUUCACAAGGACACUCAGCGACAUCAUCUUUGGCCAGCACCCCGAACCCAGAAACCGAACCUGCCGCCGCCAAGAGCGAGAAGAAGUCAAAGAAGAAGUCGGAUAAGAAGAGCACCCCCAAGAAGUCCGAAACCGCCGACGUUGAGACCGACGCUCCCGCAGCUACGUCAGAGUCAGCUGCCCCCGUCGCCGAGUCUCUCCCCUUCGUUAUCGACGUCAAGCCCUCCAAGCCCGCCGUCGCCGACACCGACAGUGACAGCCACUCAAACUCUGAGAGGGGUGGGUCGGUCGCACCGAGCACCGCCAACGGCGGCGAUGGCCUUAAUCGCGCGGCAAGAAGGCGGCUGAUGCAGAUCGAGAAACACCGCGGCAUGAUCAAGAAAGAUCUCGGCAUCCCGGCUGAGUCGGACGAGCGGCAAGACGAGGUGGACAGCCUUCUGGCUGUCUGGACCGCUAAAUUCGACGAAAAGGCCGAAAUCCGCGCGGCCAAGAAGGUGGCCAAGAAAGAAGAGAUCAAGAAAAGAGGCAAAGGGAAGGGAAAGGGUAAGGGUAAGCAGGGACGUAACAGUAACGACAACCCGAAGCAGAUGAAGAAGCAGAAGCAAAAGCAAGCUCUAAGAGCUCGGCAGGAGGCCGGCUCGGGGACCAACUAG